UAGUGUCCAGAUCAACACGCUGUUUGAUCUGGUCACUGAGAGAACUCCAGUUUUUUUUUUACUUUACUCACUGGAAAUAGAUUGAAGCUGGCGCUAAGGUGCCUCUGGCAACUUUUGCUCUGUCAUAGUAGAUACAGACCCACAGAUUCCUUCUGGCCAAUCUGUCAAACAUAUGCAGUGAAUCUUCUUUUUUUUUUAUCCAUAUCCAAAUCUACUCAGUCAUAUUCAGUUAUGUCUGCUUUGAAUUAAAGAGCCUUGAGGGUUCUUCUGUGGAGCUGUUCUGUCCUUUUUCUAGAGCUCCUGCCAAGAUUUCAAAGAAAACUGACGGAGGUGAAUCAAAACCUGAAACAUCUACAUCUUUUAUUUAAUAAAGCAGACUUUUGUAUUUAAGGAAAAAUGCCAGUUGCCAUCGGGGGGCCUCAGGGCUACACACCACCUGAGGGUGGCUGGGGAUGGCUGGUGGUGGUUGGGGCCUUUAUCUCUAUUGGCUUCUCCUAUGCAACUGCCAAGUCUAUCACCGUCUUCUUCAAGGAAAUCGAAGUGAUCUUCAAUGCGAGCAGCAGCCAGGUGUCUUGGAUCUCCUCCAUCAUGUUAGCGGUCACAUACGGUGGAGGUCCUAUCAGCAGCAUCCUGGUGAACAAAUUUGGGAGUCGUCCUGUUAUGAUGGUUGGAGGACUCCUGUCUGGAACUGGGUUUGUUGCUGCUUCGUUCUGCAACUCAAUUGAAGCACUUUACUUUUGUGUUGGUGUAAUGGGAGGUAUGGGAUUAUCCUUUAACCUCAACCCAGCCCUCACUAUGAUAGGAAAAUACUUCUUCAAGAGACGACCAAUAGCAAACGGGAUUGCCAUGGCUGGCAGUCCUGUUUUUCUGUCUACGUUGGCUCCUCUUAACACCUGGUUCUAUGAUCAGUUUGGUUGGAGAGGAAGUUUUCUGAUCCUGGGCGGCCUGCUUCUUAAUUGCUGUGUAGCUGGUUCGCUUAUGAGGCCAAUAGGACCAAAACCCAAACCUGCAGAAAAGACAGCUGAGAGAAAGAGUGUAGUGCAGACCAUUAACAGCUUCCUGGACUUUACUUUGUUUAAGCAUCGGGGAUUUUUACUCUACAUCAUGGGCAAUGUUGUCAUGUUGUUCGGCCUAUUUACUCCACUGGUGUUUCUUUCUAAUUAUGCAAAAAGUAAAGAAAUCCCUAAAGAGAAGGCAGCAUUUCUUCUGUCUGUGUUGGCUUUUGUUGACAUGGUUGCUCGGCCCUCGAUGGGCAUUGUGGCUAACACUAAGUGGAUCAGGCCCAGGGUACAGUACUUUUUCGCUAUUUCUGUCUUAUAUAACGGUGUGUGCCAUGUUCUCGCUCCAAUUUCUGUUGACUACAAAGGCUUUGUUAUUUAUUCCAUCUUCUUUGGAUUCGCCUUUGGGUGGCUGAGCGCAGUGUUGUUUGAGACCUUGAUGGAUCUGGUUGGAGCCCAGCGCUUUUCAAGUGCUGUGGGUUUGGUUACUAUUAUGGAAUGUGCUCCUGUAUUGUUAGGGCCUCCAUUGCUUGGAAAGUUAAAAGACAUCUACCAUGAUUACAAGUACACAUACCAGGCCUGUGGGAUUGUUCUCAUCAUCUCCAGUGUCUUCCUGUUUGUAGGCAUGGGAAUUAACUAUCGACUGCUGGACAAGGAAAAAAGAGAGGAGGAGAGGAAGGUCAGGAUGGGAGUUAGACAACCAAAUCCUAGCAGCGAUAACUCUGGCAAAGAGGUUGGAGAGGUUAGGAACAGAGAGGACUCUGUCUAGUGGUCUAUUACAUGCUUGCUUGCAUUUAAUAAUGCAAUUUAAUGUUGUUCCAAGAUGUGUUUAUUCAUGUGAAAUAUUAAACAUCAUGUAUCUGGUUCAUUAUAUUGUGUACUUGAACAGUACCAGUAAAAAUACAGAUCGAUUUGCAAAUCAACUUUUACAUUUUUUGUCUAUUAUAAAAGCCCUUUAAGUUAGAAUUUAAAUUCAGGAUAAAAUGCUUCUUUGAUGCGAAGAGACUUGUAUUAAUGUUUGUUGCUCCUUUAAUUUUAGGUUAUAUAUGAGUCUUUAAUGUUUAGUUAGGGAGUCUUACUAACCUUUUUAACCUAUGGAAGUACAUUUGCAUGCUGUAUUUUAUGAUGUACCAGCACAAAAAAAGACCAAUGUAUUUCAAAAGAGUUUGGUAUUUUUUGAAUGAACACCGUCCAUUUUUUAGAUUUACAGGUAAUUUUUGCACCUCUCUUACUUCAUGCAUCAAGCAAACAUAUUUGUGCAACUUUUAUUUUCUCUUGUAAAUGUGUUUUUUUUUCCAUAUCAGUUAAUCAUUAAUCAUUUUACAUAUGAUCAAAUCUUUAAUCGCUGCUUUUUCUGCACCAACUGCAGUUCGCUGUAUAUAUGAAAGUGAUAUUACAUAGACGAAUAAA